CCCUUUCCCGGAGUCGGAUUUGAAUACUCAGGUGUGAGCAUCAGCCACCCUCGUUAACGAGUUUGAUAAUUUACCCAGCUCAUUCCUGCUGGAGGGAUCCGAACGCAGCGCUGCUCUUCUCGGUCCCGGCAUCGCCACCCGCAGCUCUACCGCCCCGCACCAUGCCGGUCCUGCGGCUCAUCGCCCUCGGGCUCCUCCUGGCUUUGGAGCCUGCGAGCUGCCAGCAAGCCAGGGGCAGCCUCCAACCUUGGUCACAAGGUGUCAUCGCUGUGGUGGUGUUUCUGGUGCUGGUGGCAAUCUGCUUCGUAGUCAACAGGUUCUGGUGCAAGAAGCAGCAGGAUAAUGUCGAUACAGUGGUGAGCAUUGGGGCCAAGGAAGAGGGUGUUGUGCCCAAUGGACGUGAAGGAACAUAUGUGACCUCUGCAGUGGACUUCAGGUCCAAGGAAAACAAUCAUGCCUAUGAGAAUGCUCUGGAUCCAGAGGAGAAGGUGAUCACCACUGCCAUGUAGCACCAGCUGGUGGUGGGACCCUCUGCACUGACGUCCCCAUGCACUGCAGCUCCUCUGUCCCAGGCCUUCAGACUUCUGUGCCUUUGUUAGACCCCAGGAGAGGUCUGGGGCUGUCACUUUCCCAGCCCUGUGGCCACCCCACCUGCCCAGCCUGGCCAAUGUCCUUCAUCCCCUGGACCAGGGGAUGCCAACCCACUCCAGGUGCUGCUGUAUGCAUGGGACCCUGUGUUCCCUCCCCAAACCCUUUCCCCUCUGAGAAACCAUCAAUGGAAAACCCACUUUCAUAUCAACAUCUCAUCCUCCUUUUUAUGAACAAAGGCUCCAUGCCAUGCAUUUCAAAUUCAGAACAAAUUGUCUUUUCUGUAUAUAUCUUCUCUGCCAGCAAUAAAGGGAAUUGCUGUCCA